AUAAAACCACCCUUCUUUGCAAGAUUUUUCUUCAACUUACAUUUCAUCCCCCAACUCUCUCUCUCUCUAAAACCUUUGAUUUUUCCGGUAACAUGGCGAUGGACGACAUCAUCUCCGGCGACACCCUUUUCAAGGUUGGAUUAUUCAUCCUAGUUCAAGCUCUCGUUUAUCUUAUUCUAUCAAGUUCUUCCAAUAUCUUCUCGAAGACCGCCCCUACUCUUAGAGCCACAAGCUUUAGAACGGUUCGGUCGGUUAGUAUUCGCCGCAUAAUGGCUGCUCUCUCGGACUUGCCGGCUGGUGGCGAGACCUCUCCGUCAAUCAAAGGCUCGGCUUCUUUCAAACGACAAGAUUCGGGUACUGGCCAUGACCCCUUUUCAUAAACUUGGGAUUUCUUUGAUUGUAAAUACCAUACAAGGGUCAUAGACUUGUUUUGUUUUUGUUUGAUUUAUGGAUUAAUUUUCAAUAGACACAUAAUGUUUGACUUUUGGUUUGAUCGAUUGUAUCUUGGAAUGAUUAGAAAAUUGCAAUAAGGUGAGUGUUUUGUUGUUAUAAAAUUGGUUUAGGUUAUGAUAAUUAUAAUAUAUUGCCUCACAUGUUCAACUCAUGGGUUCUAA